UUCCUCAGUCUCAAUCUUUAGCAACUGCGCGGCUUGUAAUGACAACAGGGCCUUAACGGCGGUUUUGGUUGUUCUAGUAAUUCGAAUAUAAAUCUCACCUUCACACAUAUACGUUUCACGUGAAGGAAAAAACACGAGGAUGUAUUUAUAUAUGCUGUGGAAACCGAUUUGAAGGACGCUCGCUCCUGAUUGAGUACGAGAUCAAAGAGGAGAGGGCUGCAGUACAAGCUGUCUGCAUAUACAGUUUUUUCCACCGUGACCUGAUUGGUGCCUCUGCCUGUUAUAGGUUGUGCAUAUUUGUUCCUCACCAUUGAUUCCCUAUGGUUGAAAAAAGCUCCACACUGUGUCUUACAGGAUGGAUGGUGGAGACUUAGAGAGACUUGAGUGUCACCAUCAGCAUUUCGUGUUCAUUUGCGGUGUUCAGUCUUUUUCCAUUUACAAGAGGAUACCUCCUAUCUUAUAUUCCAAGUCUCUGCACUGCAUAUGUGAAAAUAGACUUUAAGCAGUGAGGACUGCCGGGGAUAGAGGUUCUGAGUAUUUUCAUUUUGAAGUACUGCUAAUACAAGCCUUUUUGGCAGACAUGGAAGUAUUUUUAUUUUAAUAUUUCAGCUAUAGUACCCCCUUACUCAUAGUGUGGGUGGUGGAAUGUCGGAAAAGCUAGACGACAAGAUGGUGAAGUUCCUGGCUCCCCCUCCGAAAAGUGGAAAUGGCUCCUGUUCUGGUUCAGAUUCGAUGGUGAGUGAGUGCCGGCCAGCAGAAGUGAGACGGCGGCAUCACACUAUGGAGCGUGACCGAUGUAACCCUGAACACCGUUUUCUGCGUCGGAGUGUCAUCAGCGAUUCUAACGCUACAGCGUUAGCACUUCCUUUGCCCAGCAAGAUCCCCAUCCCUGCACCUCAGCGGGGUCAGAUACAUGAAAAUAUCCAUCAGCUGCAAAAGCCUGUUGCCACUCAUUUACCAAAGGCUGAAACGAGGGUAGCUCAAAAUGAGGAAUCUGUUGAUAGUGGAGGAGAGCCGGGAAAAGAUAUCGCAAUAGCCAGGGUAGAUGUUGUGCCUUUAUCGCAAGAACCUACCAUUGUACAAGAUACCUGUGAUGCAGGGGUGAUGGUAGCAGCCCACUCGCUACCAUGCCUAGGAACAGAAUUGCAAAGUCAAACAGAAUCUAAAAGCACCACUGAGGAGAAGGUGCCUCAAGAGGAUGAGGGGGGAGAGGACUUUGCCAGGGCACGAGCAGAGGCAGAGCAAAGAGAAGCUGAGAAAAAAGUGCAAGAUGACAUUGAAGAGGCAGAAACCAAAGCAGUUGGAACAUCACCUGAUGGACGAUUCCUAAAGUUCGAUAUCGAAAUUGGACGUGGCUCCUUCAAGACUGUCUACAAAGGCUUGGACACUGAGACCACAGUGGAGGUGGCGUGGUGUGAGCUGCAGGAUCGUAAGCUGUCAAAGGCAGAGCGACAACGCUUUAAAGAAGAGGCGGGGAUGUUAAAGGGACUACAGCAUCCCAACAUUGUUCGUUUUUAUGACUCCUGGGAGGGACCUUCCAAAGGAAGGAAGUGCAUUGUAUUGGUCACAGAACUCAUGACCUCUGGUACACUGAAAACCUAUCUGAAGCGGUUCAAGGUGAUGAAGAUCAAAGUGCUGCGUAGCUGGUGUAGACAAAUCCUAAAAGGACUCCACUUCCUUCACACUCGGGCUCCUCCGAUCAUCCAUAGAGACCUCAAAUGUGACAACAUUUUCAUCACAGGCCCGACAGGAUCUGUCAAGAUCGGAGACCUGGGACUGGCCACACUCAAGCGUGCAUCUUUUGCCAAGAGUGUUAUAGGUACCCCUGAGUUCAUGGCGCCUGAGAUGUAUGAGGAGAAGUACGACGAGUCAGUGGAUGUAUAUGCCUUUGGAAUGUGCAUGUUGGAGAUGGCCACCUCAGAGUACCCUUACUCAGAGUGCCAGAAUGCUGCACAGAUCUACCGCAGAGUAACCAGCGGGGUGAAGCCUGGCAGCUUUGAUAAAGUUGCCAUUCCUGAAGUGAAGGAGAUCAUCGAGGGAUGUAUUCGUCAGAACAAGAAUGAAAGGUACUCAAUCAAAGACCUUCUGAACCACGCCUUCUUCCAGGAGGAUACAGGUGUUCGUGUGGAGUUGGCAGAAGAAGAUGAUGGAGAGAUGGAGACUAUUAAGCUGUGGCUCCGAAUUGAAGAUAUAAAAAAGCUGAAGGGAAAGUACAAAGACAACGAAGCUAUUGAGUUUUCUUUUGACCUAAGCAAAGAUGUUUCAGAGGAUGUGGCUCAAGAAAUGGUGGAGUCCGGGUAUGUGUGCGACGGUGACCACAAAACCAUUGCAAAGGCCAUAAAGGACAGGGUGUCCCUUAUCAGUCGCAAGAGAGCACAGCGGCAGCAGGUCAGAGAAGAUCUGGAGAAGAAAAGGCUGGAAGAGGAUGUACAGGGUCAGUCAUUACCAGCACAGCCACCGGGCCAACAGUCUAGUGUGGAGAUGUCACAAGCAGUAACUCAGCCUGCCUCGUUUGUGGCUCCACAACCAAACCAACACAGCACUCUCGCGGGUGCCCAGCCAGCAUCUCAGCAGAGCCUUCAGAUCGUCACCUACAACACUCCGCAGCCUGCCCAGCUGACAAGCGUGUCACAGGGAGCCCCUUAUUUGCGCCAGUCACCUGUGCAAGUACAGGGUCAGACUGGAGUCCAACCUGAGUCAGAGGAAAUGGACAACGAUCAACAGUUGCAGCACACCGGUGGAGCUUUGGAUACAGGAGACAAAAUACCAGGGUCAUCUGUCCUUACUGAGGUCUUACCUCCCCAGUCUGGAGUAUCCUUCACUUCUCCCAGUCAGCCCCUUCAGCCCCCGGUGCCACAGAUGCAAAAUGAUCCAACACAGCAGUUAUUAGGGGCCCAAGCCCUGAUGCAAAGCGUCCAGCCUGAAGUUGUUCCUGGUGCACCCACCCAUCAGUCUGGUUCAGUGGCAUCUCCACAGUACGGCGUUUACUACCAACCAUCGCCUUCCCCUCAGGUGCUGGGACCUCCAUCUGCCCAGUCGUCUCUCCCCCAGCAGCAGCCGGAGAGCAGCGCUGCACUGUCCCAGGCACAGACUGGAGCUCAGCAGACACAGUCUUGGGCCAAUGAUCCAAGUCCUCCUAUCAUGUCUCCACCAAUCAACGCAGAGCACCUUUACUUCCUCUAUCAGGCCUCGUGCCUUUCUGUUUUGCAGAGUUCUGUGACAAUGCCUCAAAUAAUGCCACUGGAGCAACCAGCAGGGUCCUCUGUCCUAGCGCCUCCCUUGGCAGAUGGCUGCCUAUCAGAUACAGCUUCAGGUCUUAGUGAUGGCAAUGAUGGAAGUUCUGCAUCAGGCCGGCAUGAGGGCCGCACAGUGAAACGCCACCCGCGGCGAUCUGUACGCAGCCGCUCUCGACAUGAGAAGACUGCAAAGGCCAAGCUGAAUGUUCUCAGUAUCUCUAAUGUCGGAGACAGAGUCGCAGAAUGUCAGCUGGAAACGCACAACAGGAAGAUGGUGACGUUUAGGUUUGAUCUGGAUGGUGAUAACCCAGAGGAGAUUGCUCAUAUUAUGGUUGAAAGUGAGUUCAUUUUGGAGAGCGAGCGCGAGUCCUUCAUUGAGCAGGUCCGCGAGGUCAUAGAAAUGGCUGAUGAAAAGGGAGAAGGCAUGAAGAUGACUGAUCAACAACAGCCUGAGUUGACUAUUCCUAUGGUACCAGGCAUUUCCCCCAACACUACUGCCCAGGUGGUUCAUUCAGCAGGUCGAAGGUUUAUAGUCAGCCCAGUGCCAGAGUGUCGUCUUAAAGAACAGUUCUUUGGAGCCUCUUCUGCAAAUACGUCGUUAGGAGAUGAACCUGCCCCCACUCCCUUGGGCCUUUCUCUCUCUGCUCCAUCUGGGAUUCUUCAGCAGGCUUUCAGUGAAGUAAAAAAAGCUCGCAUUGACCGAAGCAACACUGUCGACCCUCCUCCGACUGAGCAAGAAGCAGCAACUUUCCCAUCCACUGAAGCUGGCUCAAUAUCCAACAAAAUCCCGUCUCCUCCGGAAACAGGGGCUUCUACCACUAGCAAUUGUUUUAAUACAAUGUCUCACACAUCUACUACUGCCCCCUUACAACCACAUCCAGCUGGCAGACUUUCACCUCCACCUUCAUCAGUUCAAUCCCAGGCUGUGAUUGGCGACCCCAGUCCCCCACCCCAGUCUUCCCAUGAAACGGCACAUUCACAGUUUCCAGCAGCUUCUAGCAUCCCUUCUGCAUCUUUCAGCAUUUCCCCUCCAUCAACACAGACCUCCAUCCUUGAAGUAUCUGGGCCUCAACCGAACAGUACCAACAUUUCUUCUGUUGCUAGUGGUCCAUCCGGUAGUGUUGGAACUGUACCGACUUCAGAGUCCCUUAAUACUGCUGCUAUUUCUUCUCAGCCUAUAAAUUCAUCCGGCAAUGCUCAGCCCACACCUCCCACCUCACUAUCUAGUCAAACCACGGCACAAUCACAGCCACUGGAGUCUGAAGGGACUGAGCUCCAAUCUAAGACAGCUGGGAGAGAUGACAUCCAAACCUUAGAUAUGAAGCUACGGUUUCUUUUCAAAGACCAGAGCUCUGCUUCCUCUGCACCAGUGGAUCCCAGUCAGAACCCAGGGACGUCUUCUCCUCCAAAUGGAACAUCCUCCCCUCCACCUGGAACCGCACUAGCGCCCCCAUCUAACCUUCCCCUCACAUCUGGAGUACAAGCUGUUCUGGGCUCCACAACCACACCAGCAGGACAUGCCCAGACUCCUCCGUCUAAGCCCGGAGCACAGACCUCAUCUGCUGGUUUUGAUAAACCUGCUACAUCUCCGUCAGAAGUUGUACCCCCAUUUCCUGGACCAAAUCAGUCCCAGCGAGCUGCAAGUCCAGAGACCACUGAGGGAGCUCAGCCUCCAGCUGCAGGUUUUACUUUAGGGCGUUUCCAGGUUUCCGUUGCAACUGAUGGUGCAUCCGGUGGAAUUCUAGAUCCGUCCAGCGUAGUUUCUUCUUCUUCCCUAACGCCGUCUUCUACUUCGUCCUCCUCUUCAUCCACUUCUUCCUCCUCACCCUCAAGUCCAGAAAACACUCUCCACCGGUCAUCCUGUCUGCCUAAAGAAGUCUGUGAAACGGAUGGAGCCUCAGGUCCCUCCGCUGGUCCUGCCAGUCAGCCCACCACUAUUGGACGCUUCAAGGUGUCCAAGAGCAGCAGCGCCUCUUCUGAGCCAACCGUUGCCUCUAAUGUGGGACGGUUUUCAGUCACUGUGACUCCUGCUCCAGCAGCAAGUUCCAGUCUGUCUCAAGGCUGCAGUAUGAGGAAUGGACCUUCAUCUUCAACCUCUGAUCCUCAUAGCGCUCAUACCCAUUACAGUAGUGACAAUGACAAUGACUCCGAGACUGACGACGACGCCUUACAGAAAGAAAUAAGUCGUCUGAGAGAGAAACAUAUGCUGGAGAUUCAGACCUUGCAGAGUCGUCAAAAUGAGGAGAUCAAGUCCCUGUUCACACAAAUGGGGAAACCUCUCCCUCCAUCUCUCCAAUCCCCAGCUGUGGUGACCAUGGCUGGAGGUCGACGCAGGCUCAAAAGCAAGAGCCAAAAAUCUCGCAGUAGUGGACAGCCCAGUCCAGUACACACAACUCUUGGAUCAGAGUCUCCUGCAAAGAAAAGCUCCCCCACAGCAAAAGAAACGUUGGAACCUGCAGACAGCAGGACAUCCACACAGCAACUGACAUCCUCUCCAUCCAUGCCGAGUCUGAGUAGUUUGUCCACAGGAUUAAGUGGGACAAACUCCACGAGUGGUUCUGGCUGCCAGAACAUACCUACGUCUCUUUCCCAGGCCACUGGAGCUGCUCCCCCUGUCUCUCAAAUGCAGAAGGGCAAGGGAACGUUCACUGACGAUUUGCACAAGCUGGUGGAUAACUGGGCCAGAGAUGCCAUCAACCUCUCCCAGUGCAAAAGAGGACCAAAACCUGGAGCACAGGCAGCCCUUGGACAUGAUAUUAUCCCUCCAGCCAACAUGGGCCGUAAGUUUUCGGCCCCAGGCUACCUUUGCUCAGCACCGUCCAUGCCCUCCAGCAAUACAUCCACCACCGCCACUCAUCUCCCCAACUCGGCUAAUCCCUCUGCUCCUUUGGGGGCUCGUAAAGGGUCUCUUGGUCCCGUUGUCCCGGGGUUUGGAUACGCCUCCACCCCCUACAGUGCUCCCCAGUGGGCAGGACCCACAGGCACAUGCCCAGCCAGCAUGCAUAACCCUGCACAGCCACUAAAACAGUACCAGCCACCUGCGACAGCGCCCGUUCCCUUGCACCAAAGCUACCACAUGGGAACGACACCAGCCAACCAGAUCUCGGUAACCCCUGGAGGGCCCACCCCCAGGCCUACGUAGCCCCGGCUGAGCCCUGCUUCGGACUGAGCAGAAGAGCCAUGCAGAGCAGAGAUGUUUAGACCAUUGUGGAUGAAGAACCACGGCUCCCUUUGCAGUUUGCGGGUUCGCUAGCUAUGAAUUGUGCUUUUUAUUUCAACUUUUAACAUUUGUGUAUUAUUUCUCUAAUGUUUUGAUUCCUCUCAGGCAGAAUAAAGUCUGCCUGGCCACUGGCGGGAGUGUGCAAUACACAUCCACAGCACAAAAAUCUCACACAUAGCCUCCCAUUUGCAGUGGAAAUGAGCUGUGAUGAGUCAGGUGGUUGUGUCUGGUGAUGUAUUGAUCGAAAGACAUUACCAUCAGCAGUCAAAUGUGUCUUUUGAGAGUAGAUGUUGCAAUAUCAUCAUUCCUUUGAAGGGGGAGGAUAAGGAGGGACUGCCAUUUAUAUCCUUUCUAGUGUGGAUUUAAACUAAACUGGGACUGGAUACUUGCACGCCACAGACAUAUGUGUACACAUCUAACUAAACAUUAAUCUGGUUGAGAGAUUUAGGAUGGAAAUUAAGUGUCUCUGUCAGUGAGGGGAAAUGUGACUGGUACUGAAAGUUGAAAUAAGAGCGGGACCGUUUGUCCUAAGCUGGAAAAGCAAUGACUGGUGGAGUUAUGGGAAGAAAGAUUUGGUAAGUCAGGAGAAGAAAGACAGGGCUGCAGUAUAAAUUCAUCCCCUAUCAAGUAAAAUGCAAUAUCAAGUCAGUAAACUGUCCCUUGUAACUGUGGCCUUAAUCCUCAAACACAAAAACAUUGGUGUUGUACAUAAAGAUUUCUUCAUUGACUCUGAUUCUGUGUUUAACAUAUUACUGUGUGUGUGAGUCUGGUGUCAUUGUGAUUUGAGUUAUACAGAUUUAUUAGACCGAUUUUAUUCUUUAUAUCUGACAGAAGCCGGUGGAUUGGCUGUGUGUAAAAGCAUAGUUCUGCUGUUGACCACUAUUCAGACUUUUGAACUGACAAUUUGACACUGCUGAAGAUAAAUGAGUGUGGAUGUGGGCUGAGUGUUUUGUCUGGGAUUCCCCUCCACCUUCCCAUCAAACCACAUCACUGUCUUCAGCUGUGAGGUGUGAACUGAAGUUUUUUUUUUUUUUUUUUUUUUCUAACAUGGUAUUUCAUAAGUUUCCGGUCUGAUUGAAGUUCCACACUCCUGCGAGUCAUUUAGGAAGAUGGACGGUGCAGAGAUGAGCAGGUUGUUUGCAAAGUCAUGUCACAAAAUAUUUCUACCCAUUACAUUUAACUGUGACCUCACGUCACGUGUCUGAAGUUCUGUCUGUGGUCUGUUUUUGUAUGUGUAUAUUUAAUACAACAGACAAUGUUCUUUAUGGACCUGUAUUCAGCCAUCAGAUUUUGAUGUUUCACUGUAAUUAUUAUUAAAAGUUGUUAAACAACAUGUAGUUCAAGAAAUAUAAAAAGUGCAAUUGCAGGGUUGAUGUUAUUGGUAUCUUACUCGCGUGCAGGAAUAAUCCUGCAGUUUAUUAAGCUCUUCUAUCUAUGACUACCCUGCCACCUUUUCUAAUUUAUCGUUAUAUGUGCUAAUGUGAGGUAAAUGCUUUCACAGAUUUCUCAGCAGAGUAUGCUUGUGGUUGCCCACUUUGAAUGCACAUGUGCUCAAUCCUGUCAACACGAGGAACACUUCAGUGCCUUGUAUCCUCACUGACAAAUUCCUCAAGUCUUACAGUUGUGGUUGUGCUGCAGAGACCCAGUAACUAAACCAGUGCAUGACAGAAACACCUCUUUUCAGAGCAUGUAAUGUUGAAACGGAUGUCAUACGCAGGACUACAAAACGAGGAGCACACUGACUAAAGUGGAAAGUCUCUUUUCUCUCUACAGUUACAUUUGUGUUGGUGGUGUAAUCAGCUGUGUAUUUAUAUUGGUCUCACGUGAACAUGGAUUUUGCUGACAUUUAUUGGGUUUUUUUUUUGUAGAUUUAUAAUUAAACAAUUUCAUAGAAGCACUUGUUCCAGGUGGCAAGUAAGCUGUGCAAAGGUUUAAAAAGUGGUCUUGCUGACGCAGCUGUCGUCUCACCACCUCACAGGAGUGCCAUGCUGUUGUUUUGACUCUUUAGCCUGCUUGUAGAUUGUUUAACUUCUCUAGAGAAAAAAAAAAGUGACUGCAAUGCAGGAUAUGCAAUGUUUAAAGUUUUAUAGGGAUUGAUGGGUAUUGGAAACAUUUGCAUGCUUGUGAGGGUUGUUAACAACUUAAGUGUUUUUGAUAUUAGAAUAUAUAGAUUUUUUUUUUUCCCUCUUCCUUUUCCCCAGCAAAGGUUUUGUUCAAUUAUUUAUCACUGGCACUAAUUUAGCAUCAGAUUGUCAGCAUACAAGUCCUGCAUGCCAGCUUUACUGAUGAUUAAUCUUACACACGUCAACCAACUCACAACUGGCUACUGUACAGCACAAACUCAAAGGUUAACAUCCACGUGCUAAUCUGCUAUUUAUCAGACCGCUCCAUAUCGUACUGUUGGAGGCCAAUAACACAGUUGUACUCAUUUCUUAUCCCUCCUAACUGACUUCCUGUGUCUGCUUGUGUAUGUUUUUCACAUUGUACAAAAUGUAAAAACAAAUAAAUAUCAAUUAGAAA